CAUUGCAAUCGCAAGUGUCAAAAUUGAACAAGCUGUUGGUCGAGUUUGACGUAUGAUGCUGCCCAAUGUUUACUUUACGUGUGAGGUUAUCCAUGUUGGUUUGCUCAGUUGCUGAACCGUUCACUCACAAACGAACGAACGAACAGUCGGAACAGUCACAUCGCAGAAGAAAGAGUUGAGCAAGAAAGGAAAACAGUUUUUUUUGAGUGUGGACCAUUUUAUUUUAUUUUUGAAAGUUGGAUUAGUGAAAAUUUAUAGCUGACCGUGGUAAUUUUGCACUGGAUGGUGACAUUUAACUGCUGGACCAGUUAAAUUUGUUUGACCAGGCCGGGGACUUUGGGGAAUGUGACUAGGGUGCGUGUGCAGCAAAAUUCCGGAAGAUUAUGCACCGAAAUUAGUGGACCGCGACCGCCGAAGUGGCCACUUUCUUCUAUGGUUUUUCUUUUACGACAUGAAAACGCGUAGCCGUUCGGCGAAGAGAAACGACGAAGAUUGAGCAGAGCAAAUGCAACGCUCGCGAAAUUUGAGCUAACUGUUGUUGGUCCUUCUCCUCCUCCCUCCAGCCAGUCAGAGUGCUUUGUUGUUGGAUACUUUUGUUCCGACGAAGAACGAUCGGAACACACGUCGGGAACGGGAAGCUACUACGUAAACUCUCCGCUGGACACUUGAACUUGAAGCAAUAAAAGGAAAAACAGCUGAUCAAGCAGAAAUAGAAAACAAAUCCCCCUCGGAAUCGAACGGAACAAACGGAGAGCCAUGAAGGCAAUCGAGGCGAAAAUUGUCGUUUUAGGAUCUCAAGGUGUGGGGAAGACGAGCCUCGUAGUUAGAUAUGUUUCAAAUGUUUACACUAAGGAGGUUUCACCGACGAUAGGCGCCUCCUUCUUCACGUGCAAAGUCAAUUUGGAGGAUUUCAAAGUUAAAAUGCAGGUUUGGGACACUGCCGGCCAGGAACGAUUCAAGGCGAUGGCCCCGCUGUACUACCGGAACGCGAACGCCGCCCUGCUCGUGUUCGAUCUGACCCAGUACAACUCGUUUGUGGAAAUCAAAACCUGGGUCCAGGAGCUGCAGCGGAACGUACAGGAACCGAUGGUUCUGUCGCUGGUGGGAAAUAAGCUCGAUCUGGAGGCGAAACGUGCGGUGUCGCGGGAAGAGGCCGCCCUCUACGCCACCUCAAUCGGGGGAAACUAUUUUGAAACGUCGGCCUUGCAGGAUCAGGGAAUUGAACAAGUGUUCAUAUCGAUUGCUGUUGGUUUGAUCAAAAUGUCCGGCGAACAAAUCUGUCCCUCGCUUAAGCGGUAUGAAUCGUCGGAUUCGUUGGUUCUGAACGGAUACGCAAGUGGAAUGAACGGCGUCGUGCAGAUGGGAAUCGAGUGUAACAACGGGCUGACGGACGGAACGGGCCGCCUCGAGACACCUUCCUGGAGCAGGGAUCACAUAGCUCACGCGGAGGAUUCCCGCGACGGAUGGUGCUGCUAUUAAAGUGAUGGACGCUGUCUUAAGAUAUGAGCGAACAGACAAAGACGUGAAUUUGAGACUUUCUUGUGAUAUUUCCUGAUCAUCCCACACGUCGUUAGGUUCAAGCGUAUUUUUUUACGAGUAAGAAUAGCCUGUAUAUUAACAUUAUAUUGAGAAGCAAAAGUGGACCGAAACUAUCCCGUUGGAAUAGCAAUUGUGUACGCACGACGAGAGUGUACGAAGUUUGUCAGAUACCUUAAA